AUGGAGAAGGUUUUAGAGGUCUAUAAAGAAGACCAAGCUAGUCACAACUUUCCCUUAAGCCAAAGCCUAACCCAGAGCAAGCUCCUAACUCUCUUCAAUUCUAUGGAGGCUGAGAGAGGUGAGGAAGCUGCAGAAGAAAAGUUUGGACCUAGCAGAGGUUGCUUCAUGAGGUUUAAUGAAAGAGGUCAUCUCCAUAAUAGAAAAGUGCAAGGUGGAGCAGCGAGUGCUGACACAGAAGCUUCAGCAGGUCAUCCAGAAGAUCUAGCUAAGAAAAUUGACGAAGGUGUUUACACUAAACGACAGAUUUUUAAUGUAGACAGAACAGCCUUAUAUUGGAGCAAGACGUUAAGCAGGACUUUCAUACCUAGAGAGAUGUCAAUACCUAGCUUAAAAUCUUCAAAGGGCAGGAUGACUCUCUUGUUAGGGGAUAGUGCAGCUGGUGAUUUUAACUUGAAGCCAAUGCUCACUUACCAUUUCAAAAAUCCUAGGACCCCUAAGAAUGAUACCAAAUCUACUCUGCCUGUGCCCUAUAAAUGGAACAAUGCCUGGAUGACAGCACAUCUGUUUACAGGAUGGUUUACUGAAUAUUGUAAGCCCACUGUUGAGACCUACUACUCAGGAGAAGAGAUUUCUUUCAAAAUAUUAGUGCUCAUUGACAAUGCACCUGGCCACCAAAGAACUUUGAUGGAGUUGUACAAAGAGAUUGAUGUUGUUUUCACACCUGCUAAUACAACACCCAUUCUGCAGCCCAUGGAUCAAGGAGUAGUUUUGACUUUCAAGUCUUAUUUAAGAAAUACAUUUCAUGUGGUUAUAGCAGCCAUAGCUAGUGAUUCCUCUGUUGGGCAUUGGAAAAAUAAAUUGAAAACCUUCUGGAAAGGAUUCACCAUUCUAGAUGCCAUUAAGAACAUUCAUCACUCAUGGGAGGAGGUUAAAAUAUCAACAUUAACAGGAGUUUGGAAGGAGUUGAUUCCUACCCUCAUGGGUGACUAUGAGGGGUUCCCAACUUUAGUAGAGAAAGUAACCACAGAUGGGGUGAAAAAAGCAAGAGAACUAGAAUUAGAAGUGGAUUUUGAGGAUGUGACUAAAUUGCUGCAAUCUCAUGAUAAAACUUUAAUGGAUGAGGAGUUGCUUCUUAUGGAUGAUCGGAGAAAGUGGUUUCUUGAGAUGGAAUCUACUCCUGAUGAAGAUACUGUGAGCAUUGUUGAAAUGACAACAAAGAAUUUAGAAUAUUACAUAAACUUAAUUGAUAAAGUAGUGGCAGGGUUUGAGAGAAUUGACUGA